UAAAUAAAAUCUUUAAAAAAAAAAAAUCUAACUGAAUUGAUAGAAUUUGUUCUCUUGGACUUUGCUGAUGUUCCCCAUCUCCAGUGGCUUCUAUUUGGAUUGUUCUUUGUCAUCUAUAUCAUUAUUGUGAUGAGUAAUGGCAUCAUACUUCUAAUAACAAAAUUGGACCCUGCUCUCCAGACCCCUAUGUACUUUUUCCUUGGCAAUUUUUCCUUUUUGGAAAUCUGCUAUGUUUCGGUUACUCUCCCCAGAAUGCUCAUGAACUUUCGGACCCAGAGAAGAACAAUUUCUUUACUCGCCUGUGCUACACAAAUGUGCUGCAUUCUUGUGUUGGGAGCCACAGAGUGCCUCCUUCUGACAGUGAUGGCCUAUGACCGCUACGUGGACAUUUGUAACCCUCUGCACUACCCUCUAGUCAUGAACCACAAAGUCUGUAUCCAGCUGGUGGCUGGCUCCUGGAUCAGUGGAAUUCCAGUCCAGAUAGGGCAGACAUUCCAGAUUUUCUCUCUGCCCUUUUGUGGCUCUAAUUUAAUUGACCACUUCUUCUGUGACAUCCCCCUAAUACUCAUGCUUGCUUGUGGGGAGACAUUGGUGAAUGAAAUGAUGGUCUAUCCGAUUGAUUUGUUGAUUGUUACGGUUCCCUUUCUGUUGAUACUUAUUUCCUAUGGCAAAAUCAUCUCCACAGUCCUUAAACUGCCAUCAGCCACAAGUCAGGCCAGAGCUUUCUCUACCUUCUCAUCUCAUCUUAUGGUUGUGGCAUUGUUCUUUGGAUCAGCCAUUAUUACCUAUUUAAGACCCAAAACCAGUCACUCAGCAGGAAUUGAUAAAGUGCUUUCUCUUUUCUACACUAUUGUGACUCCCUUGUUUAAUCCCCUCAUAUACAGUCUAAGGAACAAGGAAGUAAUAAAGGCAUUGAGAAAAUUGCUAUGUAAAUAA